CUCGGACGCGUCGGGGUGGGGUAGAUGUGGAGCCGCGCCAUGAGCCAGUCUUGCGCCGUGCUGCGCGCCGCCGCCAGCAGGGUCCUGGUGGCUGGUCUGGGAAAUCAUGGGCUGCAAGGGACCCGCCACAAUGUGGGGAUGGCUGUGCUCGCUCAGCUGGCACAGAAGCUCAAUGUCACUGACCAGUGGCGAGCAGACAGACGGUGCCGUGCAGACGUAGCCGUUGCCAGCUUAGAGGAGCUGGAUGUGGUACUGUUGAAACCAUGGGGACUCAUGAAUGUUAAUGGACUCAGUAUAGCCAAUGCUGCUGAGACAUACAAAGUGGGCAUCGAAGACAUCUACCUGGUUCACGAUGACGUGGACAAGCCACUGGGGAAGAUAGCAAUGAAGCUGGGAGGCAGCGCAAGGGGGCACAAUGGAGUCCGCUCCUGCAUCGGUGCCCUGCACUCAGAUCGCAUGGUCCGGCUCCGAGUGGGCAUCGGCCGCCCUGUGGGAGAAGCUAUGGUGGAUCGCUUCGUUCUGGGCAGGUUCACCACUGCUGAGCAAGAGGUCCUGCCACGGGUCCUGGAGCAGGCAGUCAGCCUGCUGUUGGAGCACAUCCUGAGGGGCAGCAGGGGCACCAAGGCAGCCCUGGCACCAGACAGGGGCCAGGGCUCUGCCACUUCCAGUGACAAGGGCGACCAGGGUUGAGCCUUCAAUUGCUAGGGCACUUUCAUGAAUGUGGUGGCAACAGAAAGCAGUGGUUCUGGGCUUUUUAAGGGGUUACUAGGCACCAUGGCUUGCACUAGCUUGGGUGGUGUCCUGGAGCUAAGCAGACAGCACUGAUCCUACAAGCAGGGCUGUGUACAGCACUGCUCCAGUAAUAGGAUGUGGGGGGAGGACAGUCAGGCAGGAGCUCUCCUUGCACACCCGAGUCAGCAUUGGGCUCUUCUACCUGCAAAGGCAGCUCUUACAGGGAGCCAGACUUUCUCUCUCUGCAGGGAGCAAGAUCCCUUGACCCCAGACAGGCUCUGCGCAUGACCUCAGCUGAUGGUUCAUGGGGCACAUGCCUCCUCACCCUGCCUAGGGCUGGCAUGGCCUAGCUGCCCCUUUCCCUCCACACAGAGUACAUGCAGGCCCCCUGUUGAGCCAGGUGGGCCCCAGCCGCUCACAUUUAUCCUUCACUCUCAUUCAACUGUCUUGACAGCAUUUUCAUAGAACAGUUUUGCACUAAUUGGAAAAUAAACCCACGUGCCCUCUA